AUGGCGCCCGAGACGACUUGUCUUGUGAUCCAUGACAGCGAAAGCCUCAUGAAGGCAGUUACAUUCUUUCUAGACCACGAUGGAACCGACUCCGCGGCUGGGCCCAAAAGAGUCCGCGUUCAGUUGAAGAACCAGAAAUCUCAUUCCUUCGAUGCUCAUUCAAGCUUCAGCAAUCAGAACUUUGACGAUCUACUCGACGCAAUCGAGGCGGCCAAAGGAGUGUCUAUUGAAUCCUUGUCGCUGGACAUGAAAGUCUUUCAAGAACUAGUGGAUGCUGCGGCCGUGGACCGCUUCGUUGGAGUCUUCGGGGAAAUCCAAUCUCUGAAAGAGCUGGUUUGUGAUGGUCGGUUUUAUUGUGGCGGUGCACUUGAUUUCCAGAACUUGACCAUUUUGCUAGAGCGAACCAAGUCGAUCUCAAGCCUCGUAAUCAACGACAUACUUUUUGACGGGACGACGCAGUGGUACACCGAUUUUGCCGAAGCAAUAGCUGGACUCUCGACACUCACCCAGAUCAAGUUUCGUGAAUGCAAUUUGCUAGCUGCACAACGGAUCGCCACCAACAUGGUCCCUGUGCUUUCAGCAAUUGCCAAGCUACCCCUCUUGACUGACAUCGACGUGUCUUGUUGGGUUGCUGGACCUGAAGAGACCGAUUCUGAAGAGCUGGCAUCCAUUUUGUCCACAAUCUGCAGUCGGCCGAACUUGACUUGUUUGGAAUUCAACUCCCUGCUGAAUCGAGAGCAUUGUCUGCCCGCUAUCAUGUCUGCGAUCAUGACUAGCAAGUCAAUCAAGGUCCUGACUCUGUCCGUCACGGUACAGAAACUCGAUUGUUCGUACCUGUGUGCUAUCCUCCUUUCUAACGCCAUCUUGGAAGAGCUCUUUAUUCGUGUUUGUGACUUUGAAGAUGGUGCGAUUGCUCGGGACUCUGCAGACGGUGCGAUGGCGUUAGUCAUUGAUGCAUUAAGAACCAAUGAAAACCUUCGGGGACUUACCUUGAAGUAUCGUCCAAUCAGACACUUUGCGGGAUUGUUGCGUGGGCUACAGCGGCGUAGGCUCCUACUGCGGCAUGGGCAAAAUCUGCAACUGCCACGGCAGCAACCGCAAAUCCAGUAUCUUGUUGCAGCACCACCAAUCCAGAAUCCGCCACAAGGCAGUGAUCAUCGCUUUUUCAGCAAGCAAAUCCAGGAAUCCAUGGUGUUCAUGCUCGCAGAUAACAUGACAUUGCAAAGUCUUUGCUUCAAGGGCUGGGAGGACACGAUCGACGAGCUCGAGACGGUAAAGCGAAUGCAACUCUUUGUCUCGUUGAACAAAUGGGGUCGUAAACGCCUCGUGACGGAGUCGGGCAAAGUCUCCCCGCUGGAGUGGGUCAACGCCUUGGCGGCAGCUAGUGACAAUGUGGACGGUCUUUUCCACUUUCUUUCUUUGAAUCCAAGCUUGUGCUCGGAAUGA